AUGGAUCAACCAGUCGAUAAUAAUCAGGCAGUUGAUAAUAAUCAAGGAGUUGACAACAAUCAACAAGUCGUCAACAAUCAACAAGUCGUCAACAAUCAACAAGUCGUCAACAAUCAACAAGUCGUCAACAAUCAGACAGUCGUCAACAAUCAAGCGGUCGACAACAAUCAGGCAGUUGACAACAAUCAACAGGUCGACAACAAUCAACAAGUCGUCAAUAAUCAACAAGUCGACAACAAUCAGGCAGUCGACAACAAUCAACAGGUCGACAAUAAUCAAGCAGUUGACAACAAUCAACCAGUUGAUAACAAUCAAGCUGGUCCUCCAGCCCCAAUGAACCAUCGUCCUCAUCUCGCUCGACGAGUUGCCGAGGAAUAUGUUCCUCUUACACUCCGAGCUCAAAGAGCCCGUUAUCACGCUAUGGUUACGGCUGAGAGACCGAUCGAGUAUCCUACAAUGGCUGCGACAAAUGUUUCUAACAUUGGCGCUGCCCAGGUCACUGGAGACGCUCAGAGUGGUAGUAGUGCUCAAGCUACUGUUGGCAGUGCUCAAGCUGUUGGCAAUGCUCAAACUGUUGGCAGUGCUCAAGCUGUUGGCAAUGCUCAAACUGUUGGCAGUGCUCAAGCUGUUGGCAAUGCUCAAACUGUUGGCAAUGCUCCAGCUGCUGGCAAUAACCGAGUUGUUCUUCAAGCCACUCAAACUCUUGUGAUCACCGUUCACCCUUCUAGAGUUGCCUUUAAUUCUUUGACAGUCAACCCCGUCACUACAACUUCCUCUGCAAGCACUAUCUUAAGUUCUACAUUUAUGAAUGCUCGAGUCUUUGAUGCUUCGAGUACUUCAUCUUCCUCAACAGGUGGCAGUUCUGUCGCCACGUACGGAAGCUCUAAUGAGCAUGACGGAAGCGAGGAAGGAGCGAAUGACUAUGUAGUCGUUGAUCAGGUCACCGGAUCAUCUUCAAAUGGUGAUAUGGACAACGCCGUCACCCGUGAUCAAUAA